AUAUAAUAGGUCUCUGGCAGAGAGUUUACAAAAAUCUGUGGUGUUUGUUUUCAAAAAUUAAAUGAAUUAGCGAAAUAUAAACAUGAAAAUUCAUCUUGAACAUGGAAGAUUUUCUGCGAACAAAAAAAAUUCCUCCACAGAAUAUAGUUCUUCGUUUAGCUAAUAGACAAGUCUUUGGGGCUAAAAAGCCAGGAACCCAUUUUCAUACGGCAAGACAAUUUUAUCAGAAUUUAUUUCCUAAUUUUACCAUAAUUAACGUUGAAAAACCACCUUGUUUCCUCCGAAAAUUUAGUCCAGAUGGAAAAUAUUGUAUAGCUUUUUCUGCUGACCAAACUUUUUUGGAAGUUUAUACUUAUCAAGGAGCUGCUGCAGCUGCAGAUCUGCUUCACUACGUUAAUGAAAACAGAAACUAUCAAAAGAUAACUGAGGUCAAGAAUCAAAUAUUUGAUAGAUUUUUCAAGUUGAAAUAUAGUAUUUGUGUAUCUCAUGGAAGUGAACAAUUGAAUAGAGAAUGCAGCUUAUUUAGUGAGGAUGGCAGAUAUGUAAUAAUUGGUUCUGCAGCAUUCAUACCUGAAGAAAUAAGACCUCAUUUUUAUGAAAUAUAUACAAAUAAUGAAGCUAUUACUCCCAAUAUUAAAUCUCCACUUGAAGAUUACACUUUAUAUCUGAUAGAUUUACAUAAUGGAAAACUAUGUGAUACCAGACAAUUUAAAGUUGAUAAAAUUUACUUGUCACAUAAUCAAGGACUCUACUUAUACAAAGAUACUUUAGCAGUACUUUCAGUUCAACACCAAAGUAUUCAUAUAUUUCAAAUACUAGAAGGGAUGUUUGUUAAUAUUAAAACUAUAGGUCGUUAUUGUUUUGAAGAUGACCAUUACAUAUAUUCUUCCAUUUAUCCUCAUGAAAGAGCAUUUCGAGAGACUUCAAUAAAUUCUUUGAAACAUAGAAUACAAUCAUUUCUGUUCCAUCGUGCAAAGUCCCUAGGUCCUAGUGAUCUGAGAAGGUUCUAUUAUUUCUUUGAUAUUAUCAAUUCAUUGCGAAUAUGGAAGAUGCAACUUUUGGAUGAAAAUCACUUGUUGCUGAAGUACACAACUGAAGAUACAGUUACAAUGAAAAUUCCAGAUGGGAACAGUCAACCAGCAUUUUUUGUUGUGUUCCACAUAAUUGAAUGUAAAGUAAUUGCUGUUUAUGAGAAUACAUCGAGAAGAUUAUUGCAGCUAUUAGAGGAUUUCUGCGACUCGUUUAGGAAUGUGAACAUUUACUGUGCUACUCAUUUCACUUGUAGCCCCUCAAACAACCUAUAUGCAAAGUUACUUCAACAAAGAUUCAAGCAAACCAUCAUUAGUGCUAAAUUUGGAGGGAAAAAUGAAGCUACGAAAAGAAUUUUAGCCCAAUUACCAAUAAGUGCCCAGUCAUAUAGUUCAUCUCCAUAUCUUGAUUUUUCUUUAUUCAGUUAUGAUGAUAAAUGGGUGUCUGUUUUGGAAAGACCAAAGGCAUGGGGGGAACAUCCAAUAAGGUUUUAUUCAAGAGAUUCAGGGUUUCUCAAAUUUAGAAUAUAUGCAGGAACUAUGGGCCGGAGCUUGUUACCUUCAACUCGCAGAUUGGUAGCCUUCACUUUUCACCCUACAGAUCCAUUCGCAAUCUCGGUACAAAGGACUAAUGCCGAAUAUAUUGUUAACUUCCAUAUCGCCUGUGAUAAUGUGAAUUCCGUAUUACAUGAUGAAAGUGAUGAAUAUGGUGACAUACAUGUUUUGAAUUUUUCUCAAUAACUGUAAUAUUUUUUUUUCAAUUUCUUUAUAAAUUCAGAUUUCGUCCGCAUUAAUUGAUGAAAUAUUAUUUUUUUGAUAUCUAUGUUGAGAAAAAGUUUUUCUUUGUCAGUUUUGCUAAAGAUGAAAUGAAAAUAUGAAUAUAUAGAUAUAUAUAUUUUUCCUAUGUUA